AUGGAAGAAUUCGCUUCAUCUCAUCAUUCAAUUAAUGGUAAUUUAUUUCAUUUACCAGGAAAUAAUAAUAAUAAUAAUAAAAAAAAUAAUUUAAAGAAUUCUACAUCUUCUUCUUCUCUAUCUUCAUCUUGUAAUAGUAUUCAAAAUGUUACCUCAUUAAUUUCACCAGAAUCUUCACCUGUACUUUCUUCAAAAUAUCUACAACAACAACAACAACAACAACAACAACAACACUAUCAACAACAACACCAUCAUCAACAACAACAACAAAAUAAACCAUCAAAACCAAUUAAUAAUAGAAAGGAAUUACCAUUGAUUGUUGAUGAUAUUUUAAAUAAUGAUAAUAAUAAUAAUAAUAAUAAUAAUUUUUCAUCAACAUUUGAUCAAUUAAGUAGUCAUAUCUCUCAAUUAUCACAAAAUAAAAUAUUUUCAGAUUUAAAUAAAUUCAUUUCAAAUGUUCAAGGUGCAACAUCCACUGCAUCUUCAUCUUCACCUUCAUCAUCAACAACAACAACUACAACCACAACCACUUCAUCAUCUUCAUCAACAACAUCAAACUCAACUAAUAGUUCAUUAUCAUCAUCAUCUCAAUCCCAACCGUCAAAUGGCAAUAGAUCAUCACCAUCAUCGCCUCCAUCAACAAAUUCAACGCCACCAACAAAUUCAAAAUUACAUAGUUUACAAAAUGGAAAUAAUGAAUUAUCUUUAUCUGGAAAUAUUUCUUCACCUUCUCAUUCAACACCAAAUAAAAAAUUAAGUAGAGAUUAUAUUAAUAAUAAUAAUAAUAAUAAUAACAAUAAUAAUAAUAAUAAUAAUAAUAUUAAUAAUAAUAAUAAUAAUAAUAAUAAUAAUAAUAUUGAUGAACUUUCAAAUGAUGAUUCUCCUCCACAAUCAUUUAAUAAUAACAAUAAUAAUAAUAAUAAUAAUAAUAAUAAUAAUAAUAAUAAUAAUAAUAAUAAUAUUAAUAAUAAUAAUGGUAAUAACAGUGGUGGUGGUGUUCGUAGUUAUUCAAGAAACGCCUCAUCUAAUAAUCUACAUGUACAGCAAUACCAACAACAGCAACAACAACAACAACAACAACAACAAUAUAAUAAUGAGAAUGAAUGGUCAAAUGAACCACCUUUAAAAAAGAAAAGAAGUCUUGAUUUGGAUUCAAAAUCAAAUAAUAAUAAUAUCAAUAAUAUUAAUAAUAUUAAUAAUAAUAAUAAUAAUAAUAAUAAUAAUAAUAAUAAUAAUAAUAAUAAUAAUAAUAAUGUAUCAUAUCCAAAUAGUCCGAUCAUUGAUAAUAAUGAUUUACAAGGUAUAGUUCAUAGUCAACGAAAAACAAUAUUAGAACAAACUGAAUAUAUAAAAAGUUUAGAACAAAAAUUGGAGUUUUUUAAAACUGAACAUAAUAGUUUCAAAAGAAAAAUGGCAAAUUCAAUUUAUGAUCUUUUAUUAAUUUAUGAAAAAAGUAAUACAUCUUCACCAUUAAAUGAUUCCGAUUCUGAAAAUAAUAAUAAUAAUAAUAAUAAUAAUAAUAAUAAUAAUUUAAAUUCUAGUAAAAUAAAAAUUCCUGUAUCAAGGAGUUCAAAUAAUUUAAUAUUGGAUUACGAAAAUAAUUUGGAUAGUAGUAUAAAUGGUUUAGUUAAAUUAAAUAAAUCAAAUGAAAUUCAUAAUACAAAUUUAAAUAAUAAUAAUAAUAAUAAUAAUAAUAAUAAUAAUAAUAAUAAUAAUAAUAAUAAUAAUAAUAAUAAUAAUAGGCCAACAUCAACUACAACGACUACCACUACAAAUACAACCACUAAAAAACAGGUUCACAUUUUACCAAAACAUGGAAGUAGUGGUAAUUUGAAACAACAAUUUCAAUAUAUAUCAUAUGAUGAACAACAACCAUCAACAUCAACAACUCCACCAUUAAUUAAAACAACUUCAAUGAAACAUUUACAUCAAUUACAACAACAAUCACAUCAAACUCAAUAUAUUUUUGAAAAUAUAUCUGAACAACAAGCAAAACAUAUAAAAAGAAAUUAA